GUCACGUGACGGUCAACUAUGGCUUCCCUCUCGUAGUGAUGGAGGCGCAUCGUUGACAACAAACACAAAACUGUGACUUUAUUCAGUUAGUUGUCCACUUUGACACAAGUUGGAUUCACGAUGCAGAAGAUCAAGUCUCUUAUGGCCCGGCAGGGCCUGAAAAGCCCCCAGGAAAGCAUGGCAGACCUCAGUCCUGUGGAGAACCUGAGGAUCCCAAGCAAGGAGGAGUUGCGGGAGCUGAGGGAGCAGCCCAUCGACCCCCAGGCGGAGCAGGAGAUGAUCGAGAGCAUCGAGGAGGUCUACUUCUCCAACGACUCCUUCGACAUGGUGCAGCACGAACUGGAGAAACUACCCCCUGAGCUGAACCUGCAGGAGCUGGAGGAGUACAGAGACAAGCUGAAGAGACAACAGGCAGCAGUUUCUAAAAAGGUCGCCGAUCUCAUUCUGGAGAAACAGCCCGCUUAUGUUAAGGAACUGGAGCGAGUGACGGCGUUACAGACCAACCUUCAGCUGGCAGCGGUCAUUUGCACUAAUGCAAGGAGGCAACUGAGCGUUUCAAAGGAGGGAUUCACAGAAGCUAGCUUGGGUCUGUUGGCCAAUCAGAGGAGACGACAACUGCUGACAGGCCUGCUGAAGUCACUAAGGACCAUCAAGACGCUGCAAAGAACAGAUGUAAGACUCAGCGAGAUGCUUGAGGAGGAAGACUAUCCAGGUGCAAUCCAGCUCUGUCUGGAAUGUCAAAAGGCCGCCAGCACCUUCAAACACUACAGCUGCAUCAGCGAAUUGAAUUCCAAACUACAAGACACUCUGGAGCAAAUAGAGGAGCAGCUUGAUGUCGCCCUGUCGAAGACUUGUAAGCACUUUGAUGUUUCGCACUACACCAAGGUCCAACUGGCAUACACGCUCCUGGGAAAGACACAGACUGCUAUGGACCAGCUGCACAUGCACUUCACCCAGGCUAUCCACAACACGGUGUUCCAGGUGGUGCUGGGAUAUGUGGAGCUGUGUGCUGGCAACGCUGACACCAAGUUCCAGAAGAUGCAGUACAAGGACCUGUGCACGCACAUCACCCCGGACAGCUACAUCCCCUGCCUGACGGAUCUGUGCAAGGCAUUGUGGGAGGUGAUGCUGAGCUACCACCGCACCAUGCAGUGGCACGAGGAGCAUGACAAACAGGAGACGACAGCCACUCCAGGUGACGCAGCAGAGACUGAUGAGUCCGUGGUGGACCGCGUCUAUGUGAAGAAGAAGCUGGAGCAUGGACUGACACGGAUCUGGCAGGACGUCCAGUUGAAAGUGAAGGCCUACAUCCUGGGGACAGACAUGUCUAACUUCAAAUACGACGAUUUCAUAGUGGUACUGGAUGUCAUCAGCAGGUUGAUGCAGGUUGGUGAGGAGUUCUGCGGCAGUAAGUCAGAGGUCCUGCAGGAGUCUAUCAAACGCCAGAGUGUCAACUACUUUAAGAACUAUCACAGGGCACGACUGGAAGAGCUGAGGAUGUUUCUGGAAAAUGAGACGUGGGAACUUUGCCCUGUCAAGUCUAACUUUAACAUCGCCCAGCUCCAUGAGUUUAAGUUCAUGGGCCAGUGUCGCUCUCCGUCCGUCUCCCCGAGCAGACAGGCGGUGUCCUCGACCGGCCUGCCUCAGGAGGAGCUGUCUCUGUUCCAGCAGUACGUUCAGGAGGGAAACCCCUUUGAGAUGCACGCUGAGAACAAAGAAGAGGAAACGGAGGACGUGCUGGCAUCUAACGGGUACGAGUCAGACGAGCUGGAGAAGAGUGUGUACCAAGAUUACGACAGCGACAGCGACGUCCCCGAGGAGCUCAAGCAGGACUACGUUGACGAGCAGACGGGUGAUGUCCCCCUCAAGAGCGCGUCCCGAGAGACCAUAAGAAGCAGGAAAAAGUCAGACUACAACCUUAAUAAGACCAAUGCACCGAUCCUCACCAACACCACCCUCAACGUCAUCCGGCUUGUCGGGAAGUAUAUGCAGAUGAUGAACAUUCUGAAGCCGAUCGCCUUCGAUGUCAUCCACUGUGUGUCACAGCUCUUCGACUACUACCUGUACGCCGUAUACACCUUCUUUGGACGCAAUGACAUGCCUGUCCCAAGCCCGUCUUUGCCAGCUCAUGGUGGCAGAGACGCAGGCCCUGCCAGGGUGGUGGGCCCUGCUUGCUUGUAUGAGUCAUCGGGUCUGGGCCUUAUCAGCAGCAGACUGAGAACCACACUGAACCGGAUCCAGGAGAGCCUCAUUGACAUGGAGGCAGCGGGGGAGAGUGCAGGAGUCCACGGCGCAGCGGAGGACAGGAAGGAGAAAGUGCCCAGCCCCCAUCUCAGCCAACUGGUGGUCCUCACUAACAGCGGGACGCUUUAUGGACUAGCACAGAGGGUGGUGGCCACUGAGUCUCUUGUGUUUCUGGCCGAACAGUUUGAGUCCCUCCAGUCCCACCUGGACACGAUGAUGCCUGCAGCCAAGAAGCCUUUCCUGCAGCAAUUUUAUUCCCAGACGGUGUCUACAGCCAGUGAACUUAGGAAACCAAUAUACUGGAUCGUUGCGGCCAAGGCCAUCGACUACGAACAAAUGUUGCUCCUGAUGGCCGGAGUUAAAUGGGACAUUAGGGAGAUAAUGUCGCAGCAUAAUGUAUACGUGGACGUCCUGUUAAAGGAGUUUGAGCAAUUUAACAAGCGACUGGAGGACGUUUCCAGACAUGUGCGCAUCCCGCUGCCUGUGUCCAACGUCCUGUGGGAGCACUGCAUCCGCCUGGCCAACAGGACUCUGGUAGAAGGCUACGCUAAUGUGAAGAAAUGCAGCAAUGAGGGCCGGGCCCUGAUGCAGCUGGACUUCCAACAGUUCCUCAUGAAGCUGGAGAAGCUGACCGACCUGCGACCCAUCCCUGAUAAAGAGUUUGUUGAGACCUACAUCAAGGCCUAUUACCUGACUGAGAAUGACAUGGAGCAGUUCAUCAAGAAUCACAGGGAGUACUCCAUGAAGCAGCUCGCCAACUUGGUGAACGUUUGUCUGGGUUCGCAUAUAAACAAGAAGGCUCGUCAGAAACUCCUGGCGGCUAUCGACGACAUCGACAGACCCAAGAGAUAGGCUGAUGAACGGAGCGCACCCUGAACGUAACAACCAGCCACAGAGACGGACACUCCAACUCCCACACAGAGGAGCUCAGCGUAGAAUGUCUUCAUUUUCAGAUUAGAGCGUACAUGUUGUAGUUUGUUCAACAAGCACAUGCAGAAGUAGAGCUACUGUAUGCAGCAAUGUAAAGCUCACGUUAGCCAAAUGCUAAUUAUCUGUUAAUGUACAGCCUUAAUGUGGUCAAAAACACACGAUAUCACUCAUGAUAUUCUGAUGAACAUAAAUACUAAUACAUUCACUCUCAAGCAUGCUGCAGUUGCUCUGUGCAUACAGUAGAUUAACCAAUAAUGCAUGCCCUUAAAUUCUGAUUUAACAAACUUAUGAAGAUUUUCUGCAAAUUGUCUGCAACCACAACAAUUUAAUCUCUUCAGUGACCAUUAAAGCUUCAGAUAAACUACAACAAAUACAGGAUCUAACAGUGUAACAUGAAGUGUAGUUUCACCAUGGGGCCGUUUAUACUGCAUUCCAUGUGUUUUUACCAAAUGUGCUCAAUUUCUGAUACAACUCCGACCUUGAGCUUAACAACACGUUCUAGUCCCAACUCGUCACGUACUGACGCUUUGUCAGGACCCCUUGGCGUCACUUUCUAACGCACUGCGUAACAAAUUAUGAUGCUCCGCUACGGUCUUUAGGUUUAGGCAAGAAAACCACUUAGAUGAGGUUUAGGAAAAAAACAUGAUUUAGCUGAAAAUCACUACUGUUUGUAAAGUGAAAGUGAAACUUUCGAAACCACGCGUUGUUGGUUUCACGCGUGACACGAACCAUGCUCUCCUGGUGAAAGCCCUGUGUUUGUUGGACCCAUCCACCACCCCUCCAACAUGAGCUCUUUAAACUACUACCACACUCCCCAACCACUUUCUCUGAGCGUUUAAUGUGGACGUGGAUGGGUUUACGUUGUAGUUACUUGAAAGCCCGGUGCAUCUCAUACAGAUGCUAAAGGAUGCCUUGUACGUUGGUAUCACAUCGUGUGACAAAGUGUCGGUAUUUGACGCCCUGGGAAUGAGAACAGACUGAGAUUAAAAGGUGAUUUAUGAGUUGCUUAAUUUUAAAAUUCCAUAAAGUUGUAAAGUUUUGUGGUAAAUACGUCCCAAUUACAGAUCCAAGAAGAGUCAGCUAUAAACCUCCACUAUGAUAUUAAGCUUUGUCACAUGAUUGAAUGUGGAGAUACAGUAGAUGUGGGUUAUUGUUCAUCAUUAAUCAACAGUUACUCCAGCCCGUAUGUCCGCUGUAUAUUAUUUCACUUCAGGGUAUUUGUCGUGCCUGAUUGGAUGCUCUGCUUCUUUCUUUUGUUUUUGUCCUUGAAUUACAUAAAUCUAAUAUAAUGAUGAUUCUGAAAAUAAUAUAAAUUGCCGUAUUUAGCGUUAACAUAGAGUAUAUCUGCACUAGCUGCAUUUGUUUGUUUGCCAUUUGUCAUAUCUGAGGAGGAGUUUCUGAAAGUCUUUGUGAUUGAUCUUUGAAUUCAGUCUCCGGCUUUCUUGAUGAGCAGCAGUGAAAUCUGUUUCGUGGGUCUGUGCGGUCAGGUACUGGUUGUGUGAUUUCUCAUGAGUUAGUAGUUGAACUGUGGCAGCAACUAGAGCUUUCCUCCAAAGCUUUAAGGCUCCACCGCUCCGGUCAUCUCCAUUAGUUUAACUUGACCAGACCUGCCGAGAGGGCGUGAUGAUUUACUGUUAAAAGGGAGGCGAUUGGAGUUACAGGUUUUUGAUAAUGGCUUCAAAUAUUGUGUGCAACUAUUCCAUGAAGAAUACUGUAAAUGUGAAUGUUUUGAACAAUGUCUGUAUUUAUUUCUUGCUCUGUGUCUUGUUUGGGUUUUUAUAUAUGAUAAUUGCUGGAAGUGUGCUUGUCAUUUAUCACCUCUCAGUAUCUUGUAACUUAUCAACUGAAGCUUAUACAAAUAUUUAAACAUUGUCAAAUUAUGUUAAAGCUAGAGUUGGUAAUCUUCUUCUAAAACAUUUUUGUUAUAUUUGUUGAUAUUCUCAAUACGUCCCAACAGCAAUCAAUAUAUCAAAAAAUUAAAUCUGGUAUCUGUAGCUGUCGCAGGACUGUAAUAAACCGUCCAAUCACCUGCCUGUCUACCUGUGAGUGGCUUUAGAGGGAGGCCUGAACCGGACUGUCUGUGUUGCCGACUUGGUGACUUUCUCGCUAGAUGUACCGACAUUUGGAGCUAGUGCUGCUAGCUACUUUCAUUGGAAAAGAGUUUGCAACACUGAGCUGUUUUUUUUUCGGUUGGAUUACUUUUAAAAUCUAGCAUACUCUUGCUAGUGUCUCAAGAUUACCAACCCUAGCUUUAAGGGUCAAGUGCACUAUAGUGAAAAUCAGUAAUCGGUGUUGGAACUGUAGGUUGAACCAAAAUGAUUCUAACAUAAUAAACACACUAACAAAUUGACUCUGU